UGUGGGCGGGCCAGGGCGUGACAUCACCUCUUCGCGCCAAGGGCGGGUGGCAUUAUUAGGAACUGCGGCUUCAGGAUGAACGAGGCGGACGGGCUGCGGCAGCGCCGCCCCCUGCGACCCCAGGUCCUCACGGACCACGGCUCGGCCCCGGAGGCCAAGGAGGGCAGCUCCUUUAGUGGCAGAGUCUUCCGAAUGACCUUCUUGGUGCUGGCUGCGACCCUCAUCCUUCCCCUGCUUGGAGCCAUGAAGCUGCUAGAGUCCCCCAUCGACCCUCAGCCUCUCAGCUUCAAAGAACCUCCUUUGCUGCUUGGUGUCCUGCAACCAAAUACGAAGUUGCGGCAGGCGGAAAGGCUGUUUGAGAAUCAGCUCACUGGGCCAGAGUCCAUAGCAAAUAUCGGGGAUGUGAUGUUCACUGGUACAGCUGACGGCCAAGUCCUGAAACUUGAAAAUGGUGAAGCAGAGACUAUCGCCCGGUUUGGUUCAGGUCCAUGCAAGACUCGCGAGGAUGAACCUGCCUGUGGGAGGCCCCUGGGCAUCCGUGUGGGGCCCAAUGGCACUCUUUUUGUGGUUGACGCAUACAAGGGGCUGUUUGAAGUUAACCCCCGGAAACGGGAAGUGAAGUUGCUGCUGUCCUCCGAGACGCCCAUUGAGGGAAGGAAGAUGUCCUUUGUGAACGAUCUUGCCAUUACUCGGGAUGGGCGAAAGAUUUACUUCACUGAUUCCAGCAGCAAGUGGCAGAGAAGAGAUUACCUGUUCUUGGUUAUGGAAGGCACCGAUGACGGGCGCCUGUUGGAGUAUGACACUGAGACCCAGGAGGUGCGGGUGCUUCUGGACCAGCUACGGUUUCCCAAUGGAGUGCAGCUGUCUCCUGAGGAGGACUUUGUCCUGGUGGUGGAAACGACCAUGGCGAGGAUACGCAGGGUCUACGUGUCAGGCCUGAUGAAGGGUGGGGCCGAUGUGUUCGCGGAGAACUUGCCCGGAUUCCCCGACAACAUCAGGCCCAGCAGCUCGGGGGGCUACUGGGUUGCCAUGUCCGUCAUCCGCCAGAACCCCGGGUUCUCCAUGCUGGAUUUCCUAUCAGACAAGCCCUGGAUCAAAACGAUGAUUUUCAAGCUGCUCAGUCAGGAGACGGUGAUGAAGUUCUUGCCACGGUACAGCCUGGUUCUGGAGCUCAGUGACAGCGGCGCCUUCCGGAGGAGCCUGCACGACCCCGAUGGGCUGGUGGCCUCCUACAUCAGUGAGGUGCAUGAGCACGAUGGGCACCUGUACCUGGGCUCCUUCCGGUCGCCCUUCCUCUGCAGGCUCAACCUGCAGUCAGUCUAGGCCGGGGCGUGUCAGGAAGCUGGAGCAGCCUUGGGCACAGCUGUCUCAGCACCUAUGGGCCCUUGGAGGUGUGGAUGGAAAGGUGACUGCAGCCCGAGGGAGCCCCUGUCCUGGGAGUGACAUCUUUAGAGGGAAGAUCAAUUCACAGAAAGCCAUUUUUUUCUUAAAAGAAAAAAUAAUGUCUCUAGGCACUGUCUUUCUUUAGGACAUGAGAAACUUGCACUGUCCAUAGAGCUUAGGGCCUGUGGCCAGAACCACUGAUGAGUUUCCAGGGCCUCACUGCUCUUCCUGGUUUAUCCUGAGGUUUCAGUGUCCCUCUUUAAGGGGGGGCGUGUGCUUUCAGAUUGCACAGAAGGGCCAGGGAACACAGUUUGAGUGUGGGGGUAUGUGGGGGAGCCUGUGGCUCUGUGGGACAUAGCUCUGGGUGCCCCCCUCCAUGUGUGGGGUCCUCCCAGCCUCACCUGCUGCCGCCUGGCCUCUGCAUACCAGAGGUUUCCAGACCUGAGCAGGCGGGAGGGAAAGGCCUGCAGUGGUAGGCCCUAUGCGGGUUCUUUCUGUGCAUACUGAGCCCUUGGGAGUCUGCAUCACAGAGCCCAUCUGGGAAUGUGCUGUCUCUACCUUUGUUCUGCUUCCCCGUGUGGGCAGUGCAUGUGUGAUGUCCUAUCUUUUGCUAGUGUCAUAUCCCCCUGACCCCAACUGCUGUACACCUUGACAGGUCGAUACACUGGUCUUAAUUUUGAUAAUAAAUAGUUUUAAAUUCA